AUGUUGCUUCCAGUGGAACGUACACCAGAGCCAGGCAACGCGUGGCUCAAAGUGGGAUCGAUGGACGAUCCUUUGACGAUCGAAACAAUGUGGAACGAUGUCAAGUUUUUUCCAUUCGGUCAUAUGGCUCCGAUUCUACAAGAUAUGAAAAACGUCGCAGCUGUUUGCGGUGGGAACAAGAUUAGAGUCAUCAAGCUCGAUCCGAUCGAGGAAAAAUGCCAUCUCCUCUACGAGAUCGUAGAUAAAUCCAACACAGUAACAGGGGGUCGAGCAGAAAUCUUCAAUUCAAUAUCAUGGUCCAUCGAUCCUGUCUCCCUCCAACCGAUUCUAGCCGCUGGAGGUGUCAGAGGAGUCAUUAAACUGUUUGAUGCACGUACUGCCAACGAAUUAGGUAUGCUUUAUGGACAUGGUGGAACAAUAUUUGCCUUAUCCUUCUCGCCUACGCAUCCUCACGUGCUUGCAUCCGCUUCGAUAGAUCACACUGUCCGGAUUUGGAAUACCGCUCUGCCUCUAAAGUCUUCACAGACUAGAUCUGGCUCCGAAUCACAAUCUUUACUGUCAAAUUGGGACAAUCCCCCUGGUCAACUGGUAACGAUCUUAGCCGGGGUAGGUGGUCAUGUUGCACCGGUAUGCUCUGUUGCUUGGCAUCCAAUCCAUCCACUUCUAGCAACGGGCGGUAUGGAUAAUCAUGUAAAGAUUUGGUACUUGUCCAAACUGCCCGGAUUUCCCAUUAAUUCGCCGCUUCAAGAUAUACAACUCCCUGAAACUCUUCAAACCGUCGACCAAAAGGAUUCCGUCAGCUUACCAGCACCUAUCACAUCUCUACCCAUCUUUAACAGCAAGCAUGUUCAUUCUCAUUGGGUUGAUCAAAUUAUGUGGGCUAGCCGGCUCACUCCCAUUCUUGUUAGCAAAUCCUCAACUAUUUCGAAGCGUAGUCGCCAUCCUCUCGCCGCAUACGCUUUCGAAGAGGACCUUGAACCCGCGACAAGGGUCUGUAUCUGGCAGCCUAGUAUUCUUGAAGAUGUUUUCCUAGGUGAAAGCGCUCCCAGUACGCCUCAAGACGAUGAAGCAAAUGUAGGCGGAGUUGAUUUCGACAUGUACUUGUCUUUCAAGGUUCGUAAACCAGGAUUGGACCAAGAGCAAGAAAGUGUAGAAUGGGGACUCGGAAUGUGUUUGCUCGAAGCGAGUGGAGAAAUUCAUCUGGCCAUAUUGCUUGGAAAUCAUCCUCAUGGAAUCGCUGAAUUCAUGCUCUCCUCACUUGACAACGCUCCGGACUCAUCUACGCCAAGCAUUAAUCUUCAUCCUUCAGGUCAGCACAAAACCAACAAGUCUGAAGAAAUCUUUAGAGCGAUCGAUGCGACCCCCAUUUCCCUUGAAGAUAAUCCUGCCUUCGUACUCCGGGUCGGACAAAAGGGUUCAAUCGAAUUAUGGAAGCGGAAGUUUUCAAUAUCAAGCAAAAAUUGA